AUGGCCCCGAAUUGUACACCUGAAGCCAAUUCAACAGAUUCCGAACGUGUUCCUAGCAAAGGAGAUAAGAGGAAAAGAGAUGGAACGUCAGAUCCUCAGUCAUCAUCGGUACGAAAAAGAAAGAAUGGGGCGGUCGGCGUUCCAAGCAAACAAACGGACUGCCAAAAGGCUCUUGAGAGGGCGAAGAUCGUUAAAGAAUUCCGCAUCACGUUCCACCCCCAGAAGUUUUCCCCACAGCGUCCAGGAAAUGUUCCUGAGAAACAUCAGACGAAAUUCAAGCACAUUCAGCAACUUGGCAAGAUCAGUUACGAUUCGUAUGCAGUACAACCUCGACCUGAUACUGCCAACAAGCCAUGGGAGGAUAAGAACAAGGAACGGGCUACACUGGUGAGCGAGAAAGCAGUUCAGGCGAUGAAGGAUUAUCAGAACGAGGAUGGAUGGCGGAUGAAGCUCGAACCCUUCAUCUUUGAACGCUUCGAAAUCGAAGUUGCUUGCCAGGAGUGCCGCAAACGUCUGUGGCAAUCCUUGGUUGAGGUGAACCCGGAAGAAAGCAAUAGUCGAACGAAAAACCUCGCAGAGCGUCAACAUCGUCGUACAGUAUGCGACUGUGAGCCAUCGUCGAAGCAGAAUGGCAUUUUGAGCACAGGACGGACCAACAUAUUCUCUGAACGUAUUGGCGAGCGAAGCAUCAUUCAGGACGAUCCCGAAAACCACCAUGGAAAAGAAAUGAAGCCAGAUCGAGUCUAUGGACUGAGAACUACAGAUUCCAUAAAGAACAUUUGGCAGCAACCACAUACUUCUCACUUCGGACACGCGUCUGAGCUCGAGUUUGAUCCACUAGGCAGAUUGACUAAGACCUGCAAUCCAGACAGUGGUGGAGAAGCUUCGAUAUAUCCUUUCUUGGUGAUGGAGGCUAAAAGCCUUAAAAGCAGAAGCAAUUUCUCUGACAUCGAGACACAAACAGCAGUACCUAUACGAAAUCAUUUGUACCUACAGCUAAAGCUCCAAGAAGACGAGUUCAAUAACAUGCCGACACCAGGAGGCCCAUUGAGUUGGUUUUUUGCGUACAUUGGUGAGAUAUGGAGGGUAUACGGCUGUUACGUCACAGAAUCUAGCCCAGGAAGUUUGCCCUGUUAUGACAUCGUUCGCUUGUGGCAAGGCGAUAUCACUGGCUAUGACGAGGCACUUCAACUAGUUCUAAUUAUGGACUACAUCGUUGAUUGGGCGCGUGAUAUUUUCCGGCCCAGUAUCAUGAGACAACUGAUGUCCGUAGUCCACAAGGGCGAACAGUCGUCUUACACGAUUGUCGAUCAACCUGACAUUCUCUCAAUACACGAUCUUGCGAACUCUCGGUACGGUGGCAGGCCUGUCCCUACCAUUGCCGGAGCUGGAACACUCGAGGCGCCUGCGGAACCGGACUUUGAUGCAAUAAACUCCACGAUUGACUCUUCUUUCGAGCCACUCUUAGCGAAUACAGGAAAACAUGUCGAUAUCAGGGUCUGGGAAGGCGCCAAAUAUGAGUCACGAGUUCGAGGGCUUUUUAUCACCGAAGAUGACACUGCUGCUAUGGAACAUCUCAUACACACGGACUACAAAAGAUUGGAGACUGUCAGCUCAGAUCGCUGUUGGUUUCUCUUGUCAAGCGUCCGAGACAUCAAAAUCAUCGAAGAGGCUUGGACUGGAAGUCAAGAGAUCAAGGAUGUACAAAAUCUCCGAGAGCAAAAGAUCUUGAUUUCUCUCUAUGUGCAGUACCGCAAAGAUCUUAAUGGUGCGCCUAUACGUGAAUUAACGUAUCUCGCUCUUACUGAAGCCGCUGCCAGCAAGACAGAGUAUCCCUUCGGAUAUAUGCUAGAGGAAAUUGAGCUGGUUGCUCCAGCUGAAGAACUUGCAAUCAAGCUGCGGGAAGCCUGGCAUUCGAGCAACAAGAACUACUACAAGCGUUACGCCAGCGGCAAAAGUAGCGUACUUUGUGUCACCGCAUCUGACUACGACAAAUCGGUAGACCGUGUCGUCCUUGGCUUCUACAGCGACCGCGAGAUGACGAACCACACCAAAAGACUGGAUUCAUUCUUCAAGACCGCUUGUGAAGAUCGUAAAGCAGAGCUUUAUAAGGUCUAUGCAACAUGCUCUCGGUACACAAAAGCCGUUCAUUCGCUUACCGUUGAGCCACAUUGCGCCCUGAACCCUGACCAAGAUUGCGUUUUCAUCAACACAGACGCCAUGCGAUCCGGAAUUUGCGUCUACAUCAACAAUGCAGCAUCUCAAAAGAUCAGUCAUAGAUUGAUAAUCCGGCAUCUUCUGCAAAUGGUAGUCAUUAGUUGGAACAGCACAUGGCCGGAUUCUAGCUCCACCUUCUAUACGAACGAUGAGGCGCGUAUCGACAGUAAGAUACUACUAUGGAUCGUGUCAGAUCCCCAAUGGGAUUUGUAUCGUACGAUGAAACCUCCUCUGAACAUGCCUGACAUGUACAAAGUUCAUAUGUACAGAGUUCACAAACAUUUGGCGUGGUACCGCAGAGUAUUACUCAGACACGAGUGUGGGAUGGGUAUUGUCGGAUCCGAACACGGGCGCAGUACCAUUGAAUCUGAAUUCUACAAAGAAGGGCACGAAAAUAUUCAACGCUACAUUCAGCGCGCUUGCAAGAAUUGCGACUACAGGCAUUAUUCCGAUCCAGCUGCGUCAGGGCCUACAUUUUACUUUCACGACGAAGAUUUCAUACCAAAAGAAGGCAUUUAG